AUGGCCUCCCAACUCUGGCAGAUCAAGUGCCGCCAGCUGGUAUUGCUGGCGUUUACCCUCUCUCACGUCUUUCGGUCAGCAAGAGCACAAUCCGCCGCACCCACAAGCAGCGCCAUCGUAGCCGUCGGCCAUCUGCCAAUCUGCGCUCAAACAUGCAUCACCGCCGCCUUCUCCUUCUGCCACUGUCCGCUUGGCGACUUUAGCUGCUUCUGCCGCUGCGCCGACGUGGCCGCCUUCGCCGGUAACUGCACCAGCCUGCGCUGCACGACGGAGCAGCUCAGCCAGGCCGCCCGCGACGCGCUGGACGUUAUCUGCCCCAAGCCCGCCGCGCCGUCGUCCACCACGUCCUUCACAACGUCGUCCAUGACGCCGCCGAGGCCGACAACGACAGUGUGCUGCGGCGGCGGGAACUACACAAACUCGACGCCGACCAGCAGUGUCGUCACUGCUGGCGGAGAGACUGUCCAGGCAGCGUCCGCUAGGAUAUCGGUGGUGAUGUUGGCGGUUGGGUGUCUGGUUAGCGGGACCUUCAUCUAA